AUGAUAAAAACUUGUCUUUUAAUUUCCAAUGGCUUUGAUACCUUACACAUCGAUAUUGGAAUCGAUAUUAGGGCGGUGUGUAAACGGGAGGUCACUCUACUGGGCCUGAACCCGCACUUUCUGCUAUUGGCAAACGACAUGCAAAAGAGAUGUGCAUGCGUAUACCGUCAUGAUGUGUAA